AUGCAAAACAGACGAAAAUACGAUGCGCUCUCGGAGUAUAUUUUAAAUAACUCGUGCUCUCUUUUAACUUUUGAUUCACAGUAAUAGGAGAGCCACUAGACAAAGAGCGGCAGGGCGGCCUGGUCUGGAACCUGGUCCGUCUGGUAAGAGAAACACUGGAAAGACGAGAGCAAAUGCCCCACCUACCAAUCCAAAGGGGAAGCAGGCUAAUUCAAAAAAGCCGCCAAAAAAAGAUACCAAAACCACACCAAAUAAAAAGAAACAGAAGACAGCUUCUACAGUCGUGGUAAGAGGUGCUUUUAAACAUCUCCUAAAACCAAUUACUCGGGCUAUAUGAAAUAACUAAUAACAUCUUUUUCUUCAUAUUGUUCGUCUAUUUUCCAGCGAAAAAAUAUCGCUCUCCGAUCCUAAAAUUUAGUUUUAUAAUCACCUCCCGAGGGCUGAUUAUAGCAUGGUAUGACGAACCCUCGUCAUGCAGAUCAUAGCGAGCGAAUUUGUGUUAUCACAUAUUUGUAAAGAGGAGCUUCUUUGCUGAGGCCAAAAAAAACGGUUCGUAUGCAUUACUUAAACUAAUCCAAAAAAAACUAUAUCGCAAAUUGCAAUAUAUUGGUUUUUUAUGAGGAAGUUAUUUUACAUUUUAAUGGCCACUUAGGUUAUAGCUAAAUGUUCAUACCAGAUGUCUCAAGAGGUAAUUUGUAUAAAUAUUGGUUGCAUGUGAUCCAACCAACUCCUGAGCUUCUGAAUAUCUAUGAAAUAACUACUUACUUGCCUAUGUUCAGAUACUAAAAUGACGAAAUAAGUCGAGUUACCUUCUUUCAUGAUCGUUAAUUACUUUCAAUUCCUUUUAUUUAGCCAUAUAACGUUUAGAAAUGCCGUAGUUAUCGAUAAUCAUCACUAAAAAUAUUCAUUCCCUAUAAACAUUUAAUCUAAAAAAAUAUUUCCCAUUUUCCAUUCCACGUUUUCGAUUCCCCAUUCUCCAUUCCUCGUUUAAGUACAUCCUGUAUGCCUAUAUGAUACCUAUAUUGAUCUCAUGGCAAGCACUUGCACGGUCAAAGUUAGUCAACCCUCAAGGUCACUAGACAAUGAUUAAAAACAGAACUAUGAAACUGUAGUGAACGAAAAAAUAUCAGAUUUUCAUUUCAUAACACAGACAAUGUCUGUGGCUAAGUAUCCAAGCAUAUUUUCGCGGCAAAUGGAGCCGAUUAUUAAUGAACCACUUAGGUAUCAUUAAUUAUUUAUCACCUGAGGGCGGGGGAGACUGGAUUUUAGCUGGGAUCAUACGGUUUUUAGGGGGACGGAGAAGGGAUCAAUCACCGGCAACAGAGUAUAAAGAAGGGACAAAUGAAAAAAUGCCUGCCAAUAGGGGGGAACACUCGAAUACUAAAGAGCCCAAGAAGUGUGGGUGGGGGGAGGGGGGGAGGGUUUAAAAGGGGGAUUUUAUAGCGACAUAACCAAAAUCCUACCACCCAGUCAACCUCCCUUUCCCACUCUCAAGCGACAAAUAAUGACCGUUCUCUAACUGUAGGUGUUUGAUAAAUACUGUAUUUUUCUAGCAGCAAAAUUUACCAGAGAAUAAUACCGGCACUUUACCAAGCCUAACUAACUUAUUCAAGAAACCACAGCGUCAACAAGGUAUCACUUCACCAACUCGAAAUUUCCGGAAACACUACAUGAGUCGGUCUUGGGAUGAAAAUUAUAUGCAAAAUCCUCUUCACGACAUUAUGGAGGAGGAAGAAGAAGACGAAUAUUAGAUGAAAAAAGAAUCCGGC